CUGCUGUAUCAACCUACAUCACAGGGAGAUACCCACGACUAGACCGGCUCGCUCUGCGCUCCAAACGAGCAGAACUAAGCCGCCUCAUCGGGAAAGGAGACAUUCCAAAAUGAGCUUUCCAUGCUUAGGCUCAAAACACGCGCUGUCUGGCGCCUCAAGCCGAGCGCAGCAAAGCGUCGUCGCUCGGGUGUGGUUCGCUCGCGGAGGCAGCGGUCGCCGGUGUUCACCAGUGCUCGCGAGCAACACGGAGCCAGCCAGUUCGAAACCAUCAAAAGCAUCAAAUAACAAAAUGUCUCCGGAGGAUUCCAUAGAUUGGACGCGAGCGGGUGUGCCCGCCUACCUGCAGAGCAACGUCGACUUCAAUAUUUGCGGCGAGGAAUCGCAGGCGCUGACGCUUGGCCGCGCGGGCGAGAUGAUGUGGAAGCAGAUUCGCACUGAGGCCCAGGCGGACGCCAACAGCGAACCGCUGCUGUCUUCCUUCCUGUACGCAUCCAUCCUGGCGCACGACACGUUUGAGCAGGCGCUGGCGUUCGUACUGGCCAACCGCCUCGCCAACAGCACCAUGCUGUCCACGCAGCUGUUUGAGAUCUUCCACAACUUCCUCAGCAAAGAGCCUGACGUGCGCUGCGCCGCGCUGUCGGACCUUGCGGCGUGUCGCGAGCGCGACCCUGCCUGUAGCUCCUACAGCCACGCGCUGCUGUACUUCAAGGGCUACCACGCCAUUCAGACGCAGCGCAUCGCGCACGCGCUGUGGAACCGCAAGCAGAAGGUCAUGGCACUGGCGCUGCAGAGCCGCAUCUCGGAGGUGUUCGCGGUUGACGUCCACCCAGCGGCCCGCAUCGGCAAGGGUGUGCUGCUGGACCACGGCACGGGUGUGGUGAUCGGCGAGACGGCCGUCAUCGGCAACAACGUAUCAAUCCUGCAGAACGUGACGCUAGGCGGUACCGGCAAGGAGAUCGGCGACCGCCACCCCAAGGUGGGGGACAACGUGCUCAUCGGGGCCUGCGCCACAGUGCUGGGCAACAUCCCCAUCGGCGAGGGCGCGCAGAUCGCGGCUGGCUCGCUGGUGCUCAAGCCCGUGCCGCCGCACACCAUGGUGGCGGGCUCGCCGGCCAAGGAGGUGGGGCCGGUGGUCGGCAACCCCGCGCUGUCGAUGAUGCACUGGAGCCAGCGGCUUCUGAGUGCGGAAAGCAUGGACGGCGCCGGCGGCGUGGGCAUGAACGGCGUGCCAUUGGCCGCGGCCAUGGCCCCAGUGAACGGCCUCGCAAACGGGAUUGCAAAGCCGGCCGCCAAGGUGGCGCUAGGGAAAGCGGCGGCAGCGGCCGCCGCGGCGUCUGCCAGCGCAGCGCCCGCGUCUGCCGCUGCCUCGGUGCAGGCGGCAAAGAAAGCGGCCGCGAAGCUCGGCGGCGCGGCGAAGGCGGCGGCCGCUGGGUCGCCUGCAGCGCCGGCGGGCAAGGCGGGCACUCCCAGCGGGGACGUGUCUCAGAAGCAGGGGCGCGUGGCACGGAGUGAGGUUAUCCGGAAGAAGCCGGCGCCUGAGUAUGAGAUUUAGUAAGUGGGGCAAGGGUGUACGUGCGAGCUUGUAAGUUAGACUUAGGUAGGAGGUGGCUCGCGUGCGCGUAUACAUUGCGCCCCGGCGCUUGCGAGUAUGCGCGUGUGCGGAUGUUGGUAUGGAGGAGGUAGUCGUUGCAGCAGAGAGGGGAUUUGUGUUUCGCAGGAAGGAGAGCUUGCGUGAUAGGGGUACACCAACAGGAGUUAACGUGUUACUUCAUGGGGUCAUCGGUACACAUAAAAGGAUUCACGUCGGCUCGGCGUCUGCCGUGCGUGGCCAGGCAUACGGUGUGGCAGGAUAGGAGUGUUUGGCAUGACCGGGGUUUUAUGUGAUUUACGCUUAUGAAAGAACCAGUUGUGACGCGCGUGCUGCGGUUGCAUGAAUCUGUCGCAGUCGUAUGUGAUAAGGAGUCUCAUGGGCACCAACGUGUCAAUCGGGAGUGCUGGCAUUCGGACGCACAAAGGGUUAGAGCGUGUGUUGGCUGCGCUAAGCGAUCGUACUUUCACCGCACUUUGAUGCGUGUCUAGUCUUUAACCUGGAUGAAGCGUACGCCUUGGCGUACACGAGUUGGCGAAGCAUUGUUACCUACGACUUGCGCUUUGUUGACUGCGGCGCAUGUGAUCCUGCGAGAGCAAAUGGGCAAGCCAGUACGGUUGAAAUAUUUAUGCAUGCGUACACUCAUUAUUGACGUAUGCGGACUCAUGCUACAUCACAGUCUCACGGCGGCCCCAGCUGCCCCAUGGGCAUGAACCUGCAUGAACCCAUGGGCUCCGGGUGCCAGCCUGCCAGGUAUGAUCACACAGAAGCACUCACUGGGACUUCUCUAGAGUUAGCCGUGGCUGUGCUUCCAUUCUACAACCGUACUGAAGGCUGACUCCUUCUUUGGCACCAAAGCAGGGCGAGGCUUAGGCUGACAGCUGGGACAGCCCGGGACUGGAAGAAGACGGCAUGGCAACAGGAGGAGGGCCUUACAAGCGGAGAGAGCCAAAACGCACC